GUUCGCGUAAGGACGCGGCGAAGUCGGGACCGAGGAGGUUGAGAAAGACGACGAGGCCGAGGACGCGAUCUGCGCGCGCGCGCUUCCCUCGGGCUCCGCAACCCUCGUGUGCAUGCGUGUUUCGCUCGGGGGGUAAAUUGCCGCCGUAAAUGGUGCCGAGCUACGCGAUACCACAUCUCCAUCCAUCUGCGAGAUAGGUGAGAGUAACGGCAGAUCUUGGCGUCCCUCUCACUUCAGCGAUCUGCAUGAAGGGCACCAGAUAGGGCCUCGUAAGAAUGAGGCGAACCGAUCAUGACGGCCAUGUCGCGCGGCAGGGCCCACCAUCCUUUCGGGUGUUGGCUGUCCCCGACACCGCUUAUCUAUCGCCGACGAUUUCCGCGGCAGUGCCGCCGCCGCCGCGCGCGCCCGAGCCUUAUAAGAUCGCUCCGUCAUCGACGUCCUCCGGCAGAGCACAUCGUCGUACCAGUUUCGUGAUACUUGCCGAGUCUAGACCGACAAGUCCAGACAAUGCGACGUCCAACUUGUCCACGGGAAGAGUCUCGCCUUUCCGUGGACGUGGUUUCAAGGGACCACCUCCUCGCUCAAUGUCGAGACCGCAGUCGCCGGAAGUCGCCGGGGACGGACGUCGACGCAGAAUCGAGCGAAGGGUUUCGCUAUCGCAACAAAACAGUCCUAGAAGAAGUUUGAUACCACAGCCUACUUAUCGUCAACGAUCCACUUCCUUGACGAAAGCCGACGAACGUUCGCCAUCACCGAAGAUCGGUCGUCGAGUUGACUCAAAGACGCGAUUGAAUGUCUCGAAUUCGCGAAAUCGAUUAAAUGCGAGCGACUCGAAGACGCGACUGAAUGAUUCUAAAACGCGUUUGAAUAAAUCCGACUCCAAGAGUCGUACAAAUUUUGCCGAGUCUAAAGCACGUUUUAUUUCCAACUCCACUAGUAAUCUCAGCAGCAAUUCGACAACGAUGCGUCGACAAACGACGACGAAAGCUUCGACGCGACUUUCGCCGAUACAAGGCACCCCGACGAAACCGGAGAAUGCGACCUCUCAAUCGAACACAAGAAGUAAGAACUCUACUUCGAGACAAUCUUCUAUGAAGACGUCGAAGAUGUCGCCGCAGAAGAACAAUGUCGCUACCACUCGAAGAGAUAAGCAGAAUAGAAACUCCAGCAAGGAACGCGUUCUUUCGCCGUCCAAGAUUCCUUUGAAGACGAAUGGCUCGUCAAAGACCAGCAGGUUUAUUUCGAUGCCCGAGGAGAGCUCGGAAAGAUUCGUAAAGAUGGAUAAAGCUGUGGCUGAAGGCAAAAGUGAUAAGCAAACAGCGAGCCAAUCUCUUCAGAAUGGUCGAUCGCCCGAACCGAAUUCGAAAGAAAACGAGAUAAAUGGGAAUUCCUCCGCCAAUAUGGAUGAAAUGGAUCUCGCAAAUCUACUGAAGCAAACUCCUCAAACGAUCGGCACAUCUAGUGAACGUCUGGUGAAUACCACGACGACUACCGCAGUGCAGCCCCUGCACAUCGACGCGAACACGCUUCUCGUGGAGCCGAAUCAGAAGGAACGAUCUGAAGGAAUGUCCAGAUCCGUCUCUCCCGCACUCAAGGGGGAAUCGCCAAUGCCCGGUUCGACGCAAAAUACAACAUCAAUGAACCAGAAAUCCGUCGAAAAUCAAUCAGUCAAGGCAAAUCAAACAGGUAAUAAUUCUGGAAGCGAUAAUAAAGACUCUUCCGCCAAUGCAGAAAACAACACCGUAGGACAUACGAAGAGCGGCAGCAUCGGUCAAUCGACGAAAACUGUCAGGAUAAACGGUGAAGAUUCAGCUCAUCAGCGUUCCAAUCAAUCUUCUGCAAACCAGCGUUCUGGGAAAAACAAUCAGAACACCCGUGGAUCUAAGCAAAGCGACGGAAAGACUCUGGAAGAACCGGAAACGAUAGAAGCGAAGAGUAGCUCCGCGGGGAGCAAGAUAGCAUCCAGUGGCGAGAUUCCGAUGAACGAUAAGAUGCCAACCGUGAUGGAGAACAACUCAAAGAUUGCCAGGACGGCCGAAAAUGCGGAAACGGCGAUGAGUAACGCGGCAACGGCAAAUAACACAACGAACAGCAAAACGGCAAGUAAUAACAACGUGAAUUCCGCGAUCGGUACAGUGAACGCGAGUGUAAACAGUGGUGCUGUGACACGAACGAGGAACCGAAAUCGCGGUAGCGACGCCUCCCUGAAAUCGUCCACCGGCGCGUCCACGGGCUCCAUCGAGAGCGUGAGGUCGACGGAUACAGGAGUGAGUGUGAACACGGUUAGAGGGGUGUCCUCGCCGAGGGAGAAGACGGGGGUGCACGUGGUGAAACGACAGGAGAUUGAGACACUUAGCGGCAACAUCGUCCACAUCGAACAGAACGGGGAGCCAACUGUCCUGGCUUCCGGUAACGAAAAGGAACAAGGUAGCGAAAAGCUAUUGGCGCGUUGGAAGAGGUCUUUGAGUCGGUACUCCAAGUGCUGCUCCGGCAUGAGGUGUCUGGCCUGUCGUAGAGACCCCAAGGGUCUAUGGACCAGGAAUCAAAAGCGAAUAAUGGUGAUUAACGACACUCCAUCGCCACUUCCAACACCGCCUGAAACGAACGCGUUGUCUUGCUGGUCGAAAUUAAAGUCGCGAUGCAGAUGCACUGGAUUCCGAGAUAUCAAGUGUUGUUCAAGAAAAUCCAGAGUCGCUCCUGCCGAGCCUAUUGUUUGCUGCCCGCCGGAGAGAAGAUGCGGUGCAAUUUGCCGUCGCGUGUUCGGCUGUUGCAGUUGCAAGCGCGCAGACACGCAACAACACAAAAAUACACGUGCCAAGCACAGUCUUACGAGUGUAGCGCCGCCACCCUUGUCGGAGGAGCCGAAGUCCAAGUUACCAGAUGUUCUAGUGGAACAUAAUUCUGUUAUGCGUGGCGCCAUUCCUUGCCUUCCGGUUCCUCUCGCCUGGUUUUGCUUAAUGUGGAAUGUUUUAUUACCAGGCACAGGAACUAUUUGGAGCGGCCUGUUCAAUUUGUGUACCGGACAACCGCGAUUCUCUCCCGUUGCCGGACCAAAGUCACGACUGGGUUCACUUAUUGUCAAUCUUGUCGUGGGUGUUGGUCAAUUGUUUACCGUCUUGUUCUGUCUUGUUGGAUGGGGCUGGAGCAUUUGGUGGGGUGUCACCAUGAUUCGCUUAGCUAGGAAAUACAAACGAUUCAAGGCUUCGGAAGCUGCCAGCAAUGAUCCUGAAGCCAGAGGAGGCGAAUCGGGUCCACUGCCUCCUGGUGUGCCGAGUCAAGCUUUACGAGAGAUGGAAAGAGCACGAUAAUGCAUUAUAGAGAGGAGACCAUGAUCAUUUUCCAAUUGUCUAAAGACAUUUUAUAUCUUGUUCGACAAGUUUUCGUGCCUCGUUUGAUACAAAUCAUUCUGAAUUGAAAAAUAUCGUCCGUCUGAAUAAAAUAAUAUUGCUGGUGCAGCUUAUAAUAAUGAUUAUAUAUUUAUAAGACGAUAUUAAGAGAGAUAUUUCAAUCGAUGAAGAUUUUUCUCUGCAAUUAAGUCACGACGAAAGGUGAAAAUUAAAUAAAAAACUUAACCCACUUUAUAUUAAACCAUACAAAAUAAGUUUGGCAAAUAGGCAAUGGAAAAAGGCCAUAAAUUAUUGAAAUAAUUGGAAAUUUUUUACCUUUUUCCUUGCAUUAUUCAUUCCUCGCUAUCUUUCAUAAGAACUAAGACUUUUUUAAAUUAAAAUUAUUUUUAUGAAAUACAAGCUAUAAAUAUAAGAAUCUCGCAUAAAUAUGAAUCUCGUAUAAAAAUUUUUUCUUUCGUAUAGUUUAUUUUGUUUUAAUGCAAUAUCAAAAUUCUAAAUUCAGAAAAAUUUUUCGAAAGAAAACUUCACCGAGAUUCUUGUGCAAGAUAUUUAUAAAAAGUUUCCUUUUAUUGAAGUCAGAAUUAUUAUACUGUAAUAAUUUUUUUUUAAUU